AUGGAUCCUUUUCUAGAAAAGUUCUUCCCGAAUGUUUAUAGGAAAGAAGUAUCUGUCCAACCUUCGGACGAUCAAUACUGUAAGUUUGACAGCCAAAUAUUAACGUUGUUUACAUCUUCGUUAUAUUUGGCUGCUCUUCUCUCAUCCAUGACAGCAUCUCGGAUAACCCGAGGACUUGGGAGGAAGAAGACGAUGAUGUUCGGAGGUUUACUUUUCACCAUCGGCGCCAUUCUCAACGGCUUUGCUAGAAACGUACCCAUGCUUAUUAUUGGCCGUGUGUUGCUGGGUUUUGGCAUUGGAUUUGCCAAUCAGUCUGUUCCGAUCUACUUAUCUGAGAUAGCUCCCUUCAAAUACCGAGGAGCUUUGAACAUUAUGUUCCAAUUGUCAAUCACCAUUGGUAUAUUAGUUGCCAACUUGUUGAACUACUUCACUGCUAAGAUCGAAGGUGGAUGGGGUUGGCGAGUAAGCUUGGGUGGAGCCGUCGUCCCUGGUUUGAUAUUUUCCAUUGGUUGUCUCUUCCUCUCGGACUCGCCCAACUCGUUGCUCGAACGCAACAAAUUGGUGGAGGCUAAAGAUCUUCUGAGAAAGAUCCGUGGCAUCGAAAAUGUUGAUGAAGAGUUCAAAGAUUUGGCAAAGGCCAGUGAGGCAGCCAAGUUGGUUCAAAGCCCUUGGAGAGAUAUUGUAAGCAGAAAGUACAGGCCUCAGCUCACCUUUGCAAUCUUGAUUCCCUUGUUCCAACAAUUAACCGGGAUGAACGUGUUCGUGUUUUACGCUCCUGUUUUGUUCAAGAGCAUGGGGUUUGGCAACAACGCUUCCCUUAUGUCCGCACUCAUCACUAGCAUCGUUAACUUUUGUGCAACACUUGUUUCCAUUGCCACCGUCGACAAGUACGGAAGGAGGACUCUUUUCCUCUCCGGUGGCCUUCAAAUGUUUCUUUGCCAGCUUGUGAUGACUAUUUCAAUCGCUUCCAAAUUCGGUACAAAUGGGAAUCCGGGUCAACUUCCACUUUGGUUCUCCGUUGUCGUUGUGGUAGCAAUGUGUUUCUACAUAGCCGGUUUUGCAUAUUCAUGGGGUCCUUUGGGCUGGUUGGUUCCUAGUGAGAUAUUCCCACUUGAAAUCCGUCCCGCUGCUCAAAGUAUUACGGUGGCAGUCAACAUGAUCUUCACAUUCGCCAUUGCUCAAGUCUUUACGCUAUGCUUUGCAACUUGA